AUGUCUGUUCGAUCAGUGCCUGUUGCUGACAAACUUGAACAACAAAAUGUCCAGGAAACUCUGUCAGAGGGCAGACUUGGAACCGAAUUAAGAAGAAGUUCCCGAGUUAAAGUACCAUCUAAUAUAGAUUUUGAAAGUAGAACAGCUGAGAGGGCAAACACAUUGAAAUAUUCCUGUGCAGGUUAUGUUGCAACCCUCACAAGACUACGAGGGAACAUUCAAGGCAUAAUUGACAACUGUGGAACUUUGGAGGACUUACAAUUAAAGCGAGAUUCGUAUGAAGAAGCUUGGAGGAGAUUCGUGAACACCCAUGAAGAGUACAUUGAAUGUCUUGAUGUUCUUAGUCGUUGUGAAGACGUUGAAAGGGCUGACGCUAACUACAAAGAGCAGAUGUCAAAGAAAGCAACAUUUGACAAUGAAAUUGAAACAUGGAAAUUCCAAGUCACAUCUAGUAUUAAGAAACGAGAGAAUGACUUAAAAUCCUAUCCAAGAAAGUCAAGGAAGAGUACGAAAAGCGGGUCAACUGGCUCAAGUUCAGCUUCAUUAGCAGUGGCGAAGAAAAAGGAAAAACUUGCCCUAGCCCAACUGAAGACCAAGCAAGUGCUGCAGGAACAACAGUUACAACGCAAAUUAAGUGAGCUUCAAUUUGAGAAGGACAUGUUGGAGGCUAAGAUGGAGGAAGAGCGGGCUAAAGCGAGUCUUAAUGUGUAUGAAGAGUUUGAGAAUCAAUGCAGGAAGAGUCAGUAUAGGGAGCGUUUAGCAGAGUUUAUACCUGAGAAACCUUACAUCCACAUUGGAAUCAGUCUCAGAAUGUGGCUCAGUCGCAGCUAAUCGAGCCACACGAACAACUAGUACAAGAGCUUGCACCUCUGGAGCAGGUGCCUGCAUUAAGAGACAAUGAGAGAAUCAUGAAUUCACCUGCUAAGACAUUUCAAUCAGCAAGCGUUACAGUGCCCAACCCAGUGUUCUCAGGAACCGAGCAUACAGUUUAUGUUGAUGAAGCUGGAACAGGUAAACAUACAGAGCAACUGAAUAACGCAAAGGACACUGAAGCAUUGAGAAAUCCACCUGUAAAUCCAUCAGUGCCAAAUUUAUCACAACAAGUACAGACACCAUUGACAACCCACUUUAACACCAAAGAGUACUCACAAUGGUCAACUCAGGUACCCUGGUCCCAGACCCCUGGUGCAGUCCCAGCAGAAUGUUAUAUGCGAGAACCAGUGUCGGUGACACCAGAUAGCAGAGCAGAGAUAGUACAAGCACUGCGUAUGAGAUUCGAUGGAGACCCUAUGAAGUAUGUCUCGUUCAUGCACAAUUUUAAAACCUGCUUAGAGAAAGAUAACCCCGACAACUCCAGGAGAUUACAGCUAUAAAUCCAACACUGUUAUGGCAAGGCAAGGGAUGCCAUUGAAAGUUGUGUGAAUCUACCGGUAGACGAGGGAUAUUAUGUAGCAAAGAGUACCUUACGCAAAAACUUUGGACUACCUCACAUCAUAGCCAAAGCACAUAUCAAGAAGUUGGAAGACCUACCUCCU